AUGAGUAAAGUGAUUGAAAAUUAUGUUCUUCAAGAUGUAAUAGGAAGUGGUCAAUACGGCAAAGUAUAUAGGGCUAAAAAUAUGAAAAAUGAUCAAAUUGUUGCUAUCAAAGUGGUCAAAUUGGAAAAGUUCAGAGAAGUCCCUAAAUUACAUGAAUUUACAAUUAAUGAGAUACAGACUCUGUCAAAAAUAGAUAAUCAAAAUAUAGUUAAAUUUAUUGAAAUGCUCAAAACUUAAAACAAUAUGUACUUGAUUUAUGACUUUUGUAAUGGUGAUACAUUGGAAGCAUUAUUGUAAAAGAGAAAAUUUCUAACAGAACCAGAAACUAUGAAAAUAUUCGCUCAGAUUCUCAACGCAUUCAGAUCUUUGAUACGUGAAAAUAUACUUCAUAGAGAUUUAAAGCCAUCCAACAUUCUUUUUCAUGAUCAAAUCGUUAAGGUAGCAGAUUUUGGCUUUUGCAAAAGUUUGCUUCACAACAACGAUCUAACCUAAACUAUGGUAGGUUCACCAAUCUAUAUGGCUCCAGAAGUAUUAAAAGGGUGUUCUUAUAAUUGUAAAGCCGAUGUUUGGUCCUUGGGAGUAGUCCUCUAUGAGUGUUUAUUUGGAUUUUGCCCUUUUGAAGAUAAAUCAAUAGCUCGUUUAAUAAUGCAAAUUGACAACAAAGAAAUCACAUUCCCAAAACAUGUAAAUCAACUCUCAAGAAAAUGUGAAGAACUUAUACGCACAAUGUUACAAGUAGAUCCUCGUAAAAGAGUAGACUGGCAAUAAUUAAUGCAAAUCACAUUUUAUGAAGAACCAAAUGUGACCAAAUAAAUCACAUGUAGUUCCAAUACUAAUGCAAUAUAGAACCUGCCUCAAAUGCUGAAAAAAUAAGCCUCUACAAAUCAAGUACUAUAAGAUAGAACCAACAUAAUCAAUAAUUAACCAUAGCAAUAAUAACAACAAGACUUUUAGAACUUAAGAGUGCUCUUAAGGGAGAGAAGCAAAAUUAUAUUCUUAGCCUAAAUGGUAUCAUUUCUUCUAGAAUAAAAUACAGUUUCUGCUGUCUAACUUCACGGCAGUUUGUCAUUCUCAUAAAAAACAGCUAUUAUAGCUUACUUUCUUAUGAAAUUAGCAUAAAAUUAAACGGAAGUAAUUAAAAAACAACUUGAUUAAGAUCACAGAAGGGAAAGCAGAUGGGAAGAAUUCUAAGGUAGCAAUGAAUAUAAAUAAUUCAAUUCUACUUUUCAAAGGGAAAGCGAAUAAUUAUUGAUGAAUAUUGAGUCAUUUAAAAAUGAAGCAUAAAAAGUCAUUAGACAUAUGCAACAAAAUGAUUUAACUACUCAAAUUAGAAAUGAAUUGAUGUCUCCAUAAUUUACAAAUUUGAAAUUAUAUACUUCUCUAUUAAUUAGUUAUAUUGAAGAAAGUAGAGAAAGAUAAGUAAAUUUAACUGAAGACUUAUAAUAAAAGCUGUUAAUUGGCCUAAUUGAUUUGUUAGAGACUAGUUAACUCAAUGAUUUUUUCGAUAAAAAUUUAAGCGAUGUCAACAUUAGAUUUAAUGAUUAGAGAUAUUUUGAAUAAAUGAGAAAAAUGCCCAAAGAAACUCUAACAGACAUCCUCAAUUAAAGAUUAGUUAAUGCAAAGAUCAAGUGUGCUAAAUGA